GGAGUUGAAGAAGGCAAGCAGUGUAGCAGGAGCGCGUAAACGCCAUUUUAGUAUUAGUAUGUAUCGGUAUCGGUCGCGAAGUUGUGAGGACGGACGAACUGAGUAACCGCGCUGCAGGCGGUGCUGUGCAACCGGGCCAGCAGUGAGCAGUGUGUAGCGCGGCAGCGCGGCAGCUUUUGCAAUGUAGACAGCCAUGCCAACAGGUGGUUGCGCUACGGUACUCCACUGCACCGUUGCCACGGAUUCGUGACCAGAAUUUGCGGACCGACUGGCUAAAAAUAAAACCGUGUAUUGGUGCAAAUCAUGGUUAUACCGUUUCUGCCUUCGCCUGAUUUGUGAUUGCUGACGCCGCGAUGGUAGGUCCUGGUGCGUACACUGCUAGAAGGAAGCCAAGGGUGAUGUCUUGCACAUUUGAUGAAACACCAACUUAUUCAAAGCCGGAGAAGAAAGUAGGGCCGUUGACAGAUCAUCUGUUACCGACAAACCUGACACUAAAAUUCGAUACUAACGUCAGGUUGCAGAGGAACAGUGUGCUGACAACAGUAACUAUUUUAAAUGCGUUGGUUACUGCUGCGUUAAUCGUUGCUGCUGUCCCGACGAGUGUUUAUGUACAUACUGAACUUAAUAAUUCCCAGCAUAAAGUCCUAGUCCUUCAAGAGCAAGUAAAUUUCUUGACGGAUCGUUACGAGUACAUCCUAAAACAGUUAAGGUCAGUGAGGAUCCGAUCAAAAGGAAGUUCCUUAAAUGAAAAUUUAAAGCAAAGUAGUAAUAACGAAGAUUUUAUCAGUGCGCAACAUAAAUUUCCUAGUCAGUACAAGGAUGUUGAUUCUGUUAAUAGUGGAGAGCGGAGCCAGCACCUGCAAAUCAAGAAACCAAGUUUCGUGUCGAAAGACGUAGUGAAGGAGUCAUCAAAAGGUGCCCAGGCUACAGAGGAUACAUUUCCUCCAUUUUCUGAAGAGCCACACACAUCAAGAGCAGUGGCAGUGGAAUCUGACGGCAGUCAGUAUGGCACUCAUACACUGCGGAGGACUAAGCGUUCAGAUUGGAGAGGUAAACAGUCACUGAGGAAGCCUUCAAAUGGUGGACGUGGGCGACAGCGAAGGAGAGGAAAAUUUAGUGGUGCUGCUGUUGCACAUUUCAAGGGUGGGCAGCCAGAAACUUUCAUCAGAGAUGGAGGUAGUUUGGUUGCUCCAUGGUUCCUUGAUGAUGCUGCAUCUGGAAGAUUCAGUUUCUCAGCCUUCCAGCUGAAACAAGGAAAAGCAGCGGUUGAGGUGACAGAGAGUGGGCUUUACUAUAUAUAUUCUCAGAUCCAUUAUUUGACUUCACAAGUUACAAAUAGCUACUCCCUGAACUUAAGGCACGGUAGUCAGAGCAACUCCUCUGUCCUAUCCUACUGCAGUGCAAGUUCAGGUAGUCAGACUCUGAAUGAAGUGAGCUGCUUUACAUCAGUUGUCAGAUACCUCAAUUCCACAGAUCGCAUUUUCAUACAACAGAGAGACAUGAAUAGAAGAAUUAUUCUUAGAGAUGGAUAUAGUUAUCUUGGUGUUGUAAGGCUAAGUGCAUAGUUGCCCAAGCUUGAGAAUUCCAUUUUCACAGAGUAUGAAAUACUGCUCAAUGAAGAGCUAUGCUUAGAAGUGAAAAAGUGAUAUAUGCUUGGAGCAACAGUUUCCAAAAUGUCGCAGGUUCCGCUACAUUAAGCUGGUGAUAAUGCAUAUAGUUUUGGUUACAUUACUGUUGUCCAGACACUUAAUAGCCAAGAAUGUGGUGUGCAUUUAAGGUGAUCUCCUUCUUUUUAAAAUGCAAGGCUUGUGAUUAUAUUUGAGUGUAACUUGUUUUGUUUGAGAAUGAGGUGUUACUUAGAGACUAAAUGUAUGUGCUACACCUGUACUAGAGUUCAUGUUGUAGCUGAAACAGUCACUGAAGUCCAUUAAAAUGGCUAGGAAGCAGUAAGAGAUUGACGCUUACUGCAAAGACUGUAAAGAGCAAAAUGGUGAACACUUCCUACCAAAUGUGCUAUUAUCUCCAAAGUAGUUCACCCAAGUUAAAAAUGUAUUAUACUAUUUAGUUAUUAAGAUUGCAAUGGUGCUAAAUUAAUUACAGUGCAGAAGUACAAA